AACAGCUGUAUGUUGACGACGGAACAAAAUUCUUUAAAAACACCGAUGUUCUAGCUUUCCUAUCAUUUGCUCUCGUGUCGCGCCGAAUCAAGGUCUUAACGAGCGCUUGUGAACCAUAUAACUUCUCCAACUUUCACCACAUCAGAAUAAUGAGGGAAUGUCUUUCCGUCCACGUCGGCCAGGCCGGAUGUCAGAUGGGCAAUGCAUGCUGGGAGUUGUAUUGUCUGGAGCACGGCAUCCAGCCUGAUGGUCAGAUGCCCUCAGACAAGACGAUUGGUUACGGAGACGACUCCUUCAACACUUUCUUCAGCGAGACUGGAGCAGGGAAACACGUCCCCAGGGCUGUCUUCGUCGACCUCGAACCUACUGUUGUCGAUGAAAUCCGUACUGGUACCUAUCGCCAGCUGUUCCACCCCGAGCAGCUGAUCACCGGCAAGGAGGACGCCGCCAACAACUACGCCCGUGGCCACUACACCAUCGGAAAGGAAAUCGUCGACCUCGUCCUUGACCGUCUGAGGAAAUUAGCUGACCAGUGUAGUGGACUUCAGGGUUUCCUCAUCUUCCACAGCUUCGGUGGUGGCACGGGAUCUGGAUUUUGUUCCCUUCUUCUGGAACGACUGAGUGUAGACUAUGGAAAGAAGUCGAAGCUGGAGUUUUCGAUCUAUCCCGCCCCGCAGGUGUCUACCGCCGUGGUGGAGCCCUACAACUCCAUCCUGACCACCCACACCACCCUGGAACACUCUGAUGUCUCUUUCAUGGUCGACAACGAGGCCAUCUACGACAUCUGCAAGCGUAAUCUUGACAUUGCCAGACCAACCUAUACCAACCUGAACCGCCUGAUUGGUCAAAUCGUCAGCUCCAUCACUGCUUCUCUUCGUUUCGAUGGAGCCCUGAACGUGGAUCUGACCGAGUUCCAGACCAACUUGGUGCCCUACCCUCGUAUCCACUUUCCUCUUGCUAACUAUGCCCCAGUCAUCUCUGCGGAGAAGGCCUACCAUGAGCAGUUGACAGUUGGAGAAUUAACAACUUCCUGCUUCGAACCCGCCAACCAGAUGGUUAAAUGUGACCCCCGUCACGGAAAGUACAUGGCCUGUUGUCUUCUCUACCGUGGUGAUGUCGUCCCGAAGGACGUCAACGCUGCAGUCGCAGCAAUUAAAACAAAGAGAACCAUCCAGUUUGUCGACUGGUGCCCCACUGGGUUCAAGGUCGGCAUCAACUACCAACCACCAACUGUUGUCCCCGGUGGUGACCUGGCCAAGGUCCAGAGAGCCGUCUGCAUGUUGGCAAACACAACAGCCAUCGCCGAGGCCUGGGCUCGUCUUGACCACAAGUUCGACCUGAUGUACGCCAAGCGUGCCUUCGUCCACUGGUACGUGGGUGAGGGUAUGGAGGAGGGAGAGUUCUCAGAGGCCCGUGAAGACUUGGCUGCUCUGGAGAAGGACUACGAGGAGGUUGGAGUCGACUCGAUGGAGGAACAAGGUGAAGACGAGGAAGAGUACUGAUGACCUCUUGUACGUCCGUUUCUGAGCUUUGAGAUAGUUCAAUGGGAAUUGAAAUUGAACUUAAUGCUUAUUGUAUUUGACACUAUUUUACAUUACAAUCAUAUUGUUAAAUCAUGUAUCUAUUACCACGUUUUCAUCAACAACGACGGUCUCAACGAAUCUACUGGUAAUCUAAACAUAAUUAUAUAUAUAUAUUCUAUAUUUUGCACAAGCCAUCAUAACAUCAGGUGUCUCGUGAAACAGUCUCACCGGUGCCAUUUUUCAAUUUAUAUUGUUUAUUUUCAAAGUGACUUAUUAAGUACACAAUCAUGUGUUACAGUUGUGACUGGGCUUGCAAAUGUUGCAGAGAGUAGGUUUGCAGAAUAAAGUACUUAUAAUUGUGAAUGUUAUAUAUAUUGUCAAUAAUCAAUUUCUGGUCAAAUUUAGAAUUGAAUAAACAAUAACAUAAA